CCCUGAUGUGAAUGCUGGCUGCUGGACUGAGAGGCAGUUUUCUGGACGCUGAUCUCAAAUUUGUCGACACGAACCCAGUGGUGAGCCCUCGGUGGUCCCGUGCACACCAGCUGCCCGGCCCCGAGAUGUCUCGGCACCACAGCCGAUUCGAACGAGAGUACCGCGCCCCUGGCUGGGACCGCCGCGAAUGGAGUGCCAAUGGCACCCACGGGAGCCUGACCAGCUGUAGUGCCGCGGCCGCUGGUGCCAUCAGUGCCCGGCCUGGCCUCCUGCCUCUGCCCAUUGUGCCCUCCAGGCUCCCCACGCCAGCCGCCCCUGGGGCUCCCUGCACCACGGGCACCAGCGAAACCAUCACCAGCCUCGUGGUCAGCUCCUCCUCUGGGGCCUCCAGCAAGGUCCCUGGCCUCUCCAAGGUAGAGAAUCCAUCGCAAGGACUGGCGACCAGCGUCAGGUGGGGGCAGACGCCCAUCAACCAGUCCACGCCUUGGGACACGGAUGAGCCGCCACCUAAGCAGAUUCGGGAAAGUGAGAACCCAGGGACCACACCUUGGGUGACUUCAGUGACCGCAGGGAGCCAGCCGGCCCUCCUCGCCCACACCUACGGGAUGACCCAGCCUCCUGCCUUUAGUCCAGCCGUGAGCGUCCCAGCCCCCGUCAUUGGGGUGACCCCUUCAUUGUCACUGAUGCCAGCUCACUACCAGCUCCAGCCUCAGCCUCCGCAGCCCCUGAGCAGCCUAGUGGCCACCUUGCCUGGUCAGAGCCUGUAUAGUGGCAGUCAGCCCUUGAGCCUAACCUCAAUGCCUGGUGUGGGACCAGUGGCCCGCCCAGGCCCCGCGGCUGUAGGCAAUGGGCAUAUGGCAUGCCCGGUCCUGCCACCACCACCACCGCCUCCCUCUGUGCCCGUGGCUGCCUUGCCCAACAGCAUCCCCACCACCAACGGGCCAGCAGGGCCCGCAGCCCCUCCCACAGACUCUGCCCAGGGCCAGAGCGUCCAGAUGCUUCGGACAAUUGGCAUGGGGAAAUACGAGUUCACAGACCCAUGGCACCCCAAAGAAAUGUUGAAGGAGUUGAACCAGCAGCGGAAAACGAAAGAGUUCACAGACCUGAAAAUUAUUGUUGACGGCAAAGUGUUUGAAGUCCACCAAAAUGUGGUAGCUUCCUGCAGCUUGUAUCUCAAGGACCUGAUCAAAAGGUCUCCCCGGGAGCGGGACAGCCGCGACAAGCUGGAGCUCAGCCUGCCCGACCUCCGCGCAGACGUCCUGGAGCUGCUCCUGGAGUUCGUCUACACGGGCUCGCUGACCAUCGACGCGGCCAAUGCCAAGACGCUGCUGGAGGCCGCCAGCAAGUUCCAGUUCCAUACCUUCUGCAAAGUCUGCGUGUCCUUCCUUGAGAAGCAACUGACCCCUGGGAACUGCCUGGGAGUGCUGGCCAUGGCUGAGGCCAUGCAGUGCAGCGAGCUGUACCACAUGGCAAAAGCCUUCGCACUGCAGAUCUUCCCUGAGGUGGCAACCCAGGAGGAGAUUCUGAAUAUCUCCAAGGAUGACUUCAUCGCAUAUGUGUCCAAUGACAGCCUCAACACCAAAGCAGAAGAGCUCGUCUAUGAGACUGUGAUGAAGUGGAUCAAGAAGGACCCGGCAUCCAGGGCACAGUAUGCUGCGGAGCUGCUGGCCGUGGUGCGCCUGCCCUUCAUCCACCCUAGCUACCUGCUCAAUGUGGUGGACAAUGAGGAGCUGAUCAAGUCAUCUGAGGCCUGCAGGGACCUGGUCAAUGAGGCCAAGCGCUACCACAUGCUGCCACAUGCCCGCCAGGAGAUGCAGACACCCCGUACGAGGCCCCGGCUCUCAGCAGGUGUGGCUGAGGUCAUUGUCUUGGUUGGGGGCCGACAGAUGGUAGGAAUGAGCCAACGGUCACUGGCUGCUGUCACCUGCUGGAACCCACAGAAUAACAAGUGGUACCCCUUGGCAGCCCUGCCCUUCUAUGAUCGAGAGUUCUUCAGUGUCGUUAGUGCUGGGGACAACGUCUACCUCUCUGGUGGGAUGGAGUCAGGGGUGACUCUGGCUGAUGUCUGGUGUUACAUGUCCCUGCUUGACAACUGGAACCUGGUGUCUAGGAUGACAGUCCCCCGAUGCCGGCACAAUAGCCUGGUGUAUGAUGGCAAGAUUUACACCUUAGGAGGCCUUGGUGUGGCUGGCAAUGUGGACCACGUGGAAAGGUAUGACACUAUCACCAACCAGUGGGAGACGGUGGCCCCACUCCCCAAAGCCGUGCACUCAGCUGCAGCUACCGUGUGUGGGGGCAAGAUCUAUGUCUUUGGAGGGGUAAAUGAGGCCGGCCGAGCCGCUGGGGUGCUACAAUCCUACAUCCCCCAGACCAACACGUGGAGUUUCAUUGAGUCCCCGAUGAUCGAUAACAAGUAUGCCCCGGCCGUCACCCUCAACGGCUUCAUCUUCAUCCUGGGGGGUGCCUAUGCCCGGGCCACCACCAUCUAUGAUCCAGACAAGGGCAACAUCAAGGCAGGGCCCAACAUGAACCACUCCCGGCAAUUCUGCAGCGCAGUUGUGCUGGAUGGAAAGAUCUACGCCACUGGCGGCAUCGUCAGCAGCGAGGGGCCUGCCCUGGGCAACAUGGAGGCCUACGAGCCGGCCACCAACACGUGGACCCUCCUUCCACACAUGCCCUGCCCCGUCUUCCGGCACGGCUGCGUGGUGAUUAAAAAGUACAUCCAGAGCGGAUGAGGCCCCAGGACAGGCGUGUGGGGCUGCGGUCGUGGGUAGGGAGGCAGGCCACACCCAACGGGAGAGUGUUCACCACGACGGACGGCGAGAAGCGCAGCUAGGCGGACUGAGGGACGGACGCGGAAGCCCCUGCGCUGGACCCCAGAGCAUUCUCUGCAUCGAAUGUACGACAGUCGCCCGCGCCCUGACUUCAGGGAGCCGGGUGCGGCUGGUGCUCCACGCUAGGGAUGCUCGGGUGCGGACGCGGGGUCAUUCGCGCCCUUCCCGCGAGUCCAGGCUUCAGCCAGCCCAGGUGCAAUAGAAACUCCCUCUUUUUUACUUGUGGAUGGGAGGGAUGCGGCCUCCGUCCCUCCCCCACGUGAGCCCGGGCACCUGCCGGGCCAGGGCAGUCCGGCCCCAUGCCCUCACUCACUUUGAGUCCAAGCUCAGCUUUUCAAACCAUCUCAGGCUCUCAGCGGCUGGGUGCAGACGCCUUUCUGGUCUUGGGGUGGGGGUGCUGCGGGGCGACAGCAGCCCUGGACCUGCUCGGGAGCAGAGCCACAACCAAGGCUCUGGGUUGGGGGAUGGCAGGGGCAUCAGGAGAGGGAGAUGGAGCAGUCCAGCUCCCACCCCUGGCCCCCACCCCCGUGCAGAUCAGCGGGAGAGUCUGGCAGCCAGGCCUGCUUUCUCCAAUCCCAUACGAAUUCUUGAUCUUUCCAAGAGCAAAAGGCUUCUUUGGGGGACUGAAAGGAGGAGGAGGUAAGUAGAAGGGAUGGGAGUGAGAGGCUGAUCCCUGCAUCCUCGGGGGUGGGAGGAAGCAAGCAAAUAGCCAUCCCGCUAAUUUUUCUACACCCAGAUUAGAUUCCUGGCUGCUCCCGGGGGACCACACCCCUGUCUUUAUUUUUGGGAACCUUUAUAGCCCAGCGGCCUGUGGAAGCUGUGCCUUGUGGGGGUGCCCCUGGGGAAGCUGGAACUGGCCUCGCAAGGGAGCUGAGUGCUAGUGGGGGACCAGGCUGAGGGCAGGGCAGAGGGGGAGCGUCUAUCUACAAAGCACAGGAGAUUAUUUUUUAUAUUGAUAGCUAUAUAUUGAGUGGCUCCCAUGGGAGCUCAUGAUGGGGACAGCCUUUUAACAUUUUUAACUAGUCCAUGACAACAGAGUGUGAGCCCGGAGAGGCAGCUCCGGGCCAGCCUCUCCAGUCAGGGAUGGGCUGGCCAGAAUGCCCCCUUCCACCCCUGGGUAGCCA